GUAAAAUAAACGCAUCCAUAACGGCGAGUGAGCGUAAAGUAAACGCACCCAUAACGGUUAUAGAGGAAGAUAAGUUUAAUGAUGACAAAUAGACUGCAAAUACGAAGAAAUAAAAGCUAAAUGGCCAAGCUUGGAUCCUUCGAUGUGAAACAAUUCCAUGUGAAUUUAUAUUCCACAAUCCUUCAAACUGCGCACCGAAUUUAUUUUCAGACAUAAAACGCAAUCCUAACAAGUCUGGAGCAGUAAUAUCACAAAUUAAAUUGAUAAGUGAUUUAAUAAUAUUGAUGCUUAGCCUGUUGGAUCGCCCAGCCAUCAUGUUUGGACGAUGAAUUUGAUUAAAGGAUUGCUUCGCAAAGGCCAUCAUGUACACGCAAUAAGCACAUAUGAGACUAACAUCAAAGAUAAACUUGCGCAGAACUUAACAUAUGAUGUAUUCGAUGGUUUGAUGAAAGUAAUAGAAGAAUCUGAAGAGGAUUUUGAUCCAGUUAAAUGGGAACAGUAUAACGUAUUUUAUAUGAUGUAUUCUGCAUAUCAUUGGGGAAUUUAUGCAUGUGACUCAGUGAUAAAAACUGAAGCAGCGAAAAAGCUUUUAGAAAUGAUCAAGACUGUCGAGUUUGAUAUUAUAUUGCAAGAUGUUACAUUUAAUGAAUGUUUAUACGGAUUGUGGGAGAUUGCUAAAGGUAAACCAUCCAUAGUAGGAUAUAUUCCGUAUAGCGCUGCACCUUGGCUCAAAGAUAUUAUCAGAGGUCCAAGUUAUCCAACUCUUCGAUCUUAUGGAUAUUUACCCAUUGCAAAACCUAUAGGUUUGUGGCAGAAAACAUGGAAUACUGUAUGUUUUACUGUUGAUGAUUUCACACGACAUUACUAUUACUUGCCUAUUAUGCAACGACUUGCUGAGAAAUACGUAGGCCACUCAAUUAGAUCAUUACAUGAAAUAGAAAAAAACAGUAUUAAUAUUAUACUACUCAAUAGUCAUCCUGCAUUUGAGCAUGGGAUUCCAUUGCCUCCGAACACUUUGGAGAUUGCAGGACUGAAUGCUCAGGCCAUAAAACCGAUUGAUGGCGAAAUAGUCGUAACAUAUCCCGAGGAUAUGCGCGCAUUCCUUGAUGGAGCAAAAGAUGGAGUUAUUAUAAUAUCAUUAGGAACAAAUGUGAAAUGGAAGUUUAUCGGAUUAGACAAAGUUAAGACUGUUUUAUUGGUUCUGUCGAAAUUAAAACAACGAGUAUUAUGGAAGCUAGAUAUUGAAAUGCCAUUUGAAAUACCGGACAAUUUGAUGAUUGUAAAAUGGAUGCCGCAACGCGAAGUUUUAUCUCAUAAGAAUGUCAGAGCAAUUUGGACUCAUGGUGGUCUUCUCAGUACACAGGAAGCCAUUUGGAUAGGUGUACCAAUGAUUGUAACGCCUUUCUACGUAGACCAAAAAUUCAAUGCACAAAAAGUAGUAGCUAAGGAUGUUGGAGUAUAUUUAGAUAUUAAUACAUUGUCCACGCGGACUGUAUUACAUGCAGUUGAAGAAAUACUUUACAAUAAAAGAUAUACAAGAAACAUGAAACAAUUAUCUAGUGAAUACCGAGAUCGACCAAUACCGCCGUUAGAUUUAGCUAUUUGGGGCAUUGAAUAUGCAUUCCGACAUCCAAAUGGGACUUUAAUAACUUCACUUAGGUAUCAAAGCUGGAUAAAACAAAAUCUAAUCGACGUUUAUGCAUUUUUAUUCUUUAUUUUUAUUGUAAUAUUGUUUUAUCCUGCAUUCGAGUCUGGAAUUCCAUUGCCACUGAAUGCUUUUAGAAUUGCAGAACUAAAUGCUCAGGCCAUAAAUCCGAUUGACGGUGAAAUAGUCAACUCUACAGAGAUAUUAGUAGCUAAAGCCGUUGGUAUAUAUUUAGACAUUAAAACUGUAUCCAUACAGACUAUAUCACACGCAGUUAAAGAAACAACUUUACAAUGA